AUGUCCCCAUCCAUCGAGCUUACCACUACUCCUCGCCCCACUCCUUCUGUCACAUCAAAAUCCACACCGAAACCCCAUCUCAUCCUCAUUGUAACCUCCCUCUAUCUCGGCACCUUCCUCGUAGCCCUCGACACCAUAAUCCUCAACCCCAUCCUGCUGACCAUAACCAAAACCUUCCACGUCCUCGACCAUCUCGCAUGGUAUGGAAGUGCGUAUCUUCUCGCGCUCACAGCGCUGCAGCCCACAUUGGGGAAACUGUAUAAAGUGGGGGAUGUCAAGAUGUUGUAUCUUGUCUCUGUGGGGGUUUUCGAAGGGUGUACAAAACGAUAA